GCCCUCUGCGGCAAAUACUUCCGUUUACCCAUGAUGCAGUUUGAGAAACAUGGCCGAAAGCCUUCAUAACAUCGAUGUAACAGCCAUAACAUUGCUGACUAUUGCACUUCUGUAAGGAGAUACUGGAUGUAUCAGAAGAUUCUGCAAAAUGCCGAAGUACUACGAGGAUAAAGAGGAAGACAACAGAGCAUGCGCCGGAAUCAGAGAGGACUUCAAGGCCUGUCUCCUUCAGACUGACUGUGUGGUAAAGGAUGGGAAGCUGCCCAGUGAAUGUCUGAAGGAAGGCCACUGCAAAGCCUUGCAGACAUCUUUCUUUGAGUGCAAGAGGUCAAUGCUGGACACAAGAUCGAGAUUCAGAGGAAGGAAAGGAUACUGAGGAACCAUCUGAAUGCUACCAUACUGGUGAACGGCUACAGGAUGAGACUGAAUACUCUUCGUGAAUUAUAAUGAAUGAGUGCUGCUCGCAGGUCAGUUUACGUGCAGCUUUACAAUCUCAUCUGAAGGACACGUGCAAAGACAGUGGAACUCAAAAGGACUUGUAAUGUUUAAAGGACAGUUUCCACUGACAGUGAAAAGAUGAACUGUUCAUCAGCAGGUAAUGACGAGCUCACUGGAGCUGUUUCCUGGAUAUACGAGUAUGAGUUUGUUAUGAAACAACACCUGUAAUGAAAGAAACAAUGAAUAAAUGAUGAGGAACA